GGAUCCCUUGGACUCGGUGCGGCUCACGCCAUCUGUUGACACCUUCUUUCCCUACCCAGAAGGAGCCAUGGCUCGUGGACCAAAGCAUCAUUUGAAGCGACUUGUUGCCCCCAAGUCAUGGAUGCUGGACAAACUUGGGGGUGUGUAUGCCCCCAGGCCCUCUACUGGACCCCACAAACUUAGAGAGUGUCUACCACUGGUCCUGCUCCUGCGUAAUCGUCUGAAGUAUGCCCUGACCAACACUGAGGUGACAAAGAUUACAAUGCAGCGCCUUAUCUGCAUUGAUGGCAAGAUCCGUACUGACAGAAAUUUCCCCACUGGCUUCAUGGAUGUAGUGAGCAUCAAGAAGACUGGUGAACACUUCCGCAUUCUCUACGAUGUGAAGGGCCGUUUCAUUGCUCACAGAAUCACCGAUGAGGAGGCCAAGUACAAGCUGUGCAAGGUUAAGAAGGUGUCCGUUGGCCCCAAGUGUGUUCCAUUCCUUGUUACUUCUGAUGGCCGUACUCUUCGUUACCCUGACCCCCUGGUCAAAGUCAAUGAUUCUAUCCUCUUUGACAUUGAGAAGAAGAAGAUGAAGGAUUUCAUCAAGUUUGAUUCAGGAAACCUAUGCAUGAUCACUGGUGGGCGUAACUUGGGUCGUGUUGGUACCAUUGUGUCCCGUGAACGUCAUGCUGGAAGCUUUGACAUUGUUCACGUUAAGGAUGCUGUUGGCCACACUUUUGCUACCAGAUUGAACAACGUCUUCGUCAUUGGAAAGGGCAGCAAGGCGUACGUGUCUCUACCACGUGGUAAGGGUAUCAAACUUAGCAUCGCUGAGGAGCGUGACCGCAGGCUGGCGCAGAAAGUCAACUAAAAAAUAAAUCCUAGUUCGAA